UCACUUACCACCAUCUUUGUGGAUUUCUUUUCAGCACGGGGCUCAAGGAACUAUCCAGAAGGCUUCAUCAUGUCCAAUGCUCCAGACUCUCAGCAGCCUCCAGAAAUCACAGAGCAGACAGAGACAAUUGUGGACUUGAACCUUCCUCUUCCUCCUCCUCCUCCUGCUCCAGAGGAUGAAUGGGGCCCAAAUCCCGAGCCUACUAACAUGAGUGCUUCUCCUAUUCCCUUUUUUCUGUAUGGAAUCAUUCCUGUGGUCCUGGGAAUCUUCAGCUUGCUGCUCUUGGCAUUAUGUGGAUUCUUUGGUUAUCAGUACUUUCAUACUGUUGAGGCAUCAGCGACCAAGAUGAAGAGCCUUAACGCAUUGAUUGAGUCUUUUCAAAGCAAAGCAGACAAAUUUCUUCAUGUCCAAAAUGUUCUUGACCAAAAUAAAGCCUUAUUGUCCUAUGUGGAAACCCUAGAGUGGCUGCAAAGCCAGGAGUAUCUCCUUGAGGCUUUACAUGAACUAAAUCAGAAACAAGGAGUCAGGUGUGGACGUCCUCUGAAACACUGGGUUCAAUCCAAUGACCACUGCUACCACCAAACCAUGGAAAUGGUUUCUUGGUUAGACUGUUUCGAUAUUUGUGUCUCUUUGAAUGCUACAUUUUUAAAGACAGAAGGGAGUAGGUUAAAGAAUGUCAUGGAAUUAAUUGCAGUAGGUCCUACUUGGCUUGGCCUGUCUUACAGGGAAAAGGACAAUGAAUGGAAGUGGGAAGAUGGCUCCUCUCCUUCUCCUGGGCUGGGUUUACCAGAGCCAAGUCUGGAUUUCCAGGGAAAAUGUGUGUAUGUAAAGGCACACACUCUUGGUACUGAUAACUGCACCAUACCCUCUUCAUGCCUGUGUGAGAAGGCUGUCCACUAAAAAUCAGAAGAAGAAAGUUAUGAGAAAAGCUAUGAGGGUCACAUCUCAAUAACAUUCCAGACUCAAGACCUGCUUGUCUUUGUUCUAUUGUUUUUUUCAUGUUAUUUGUAACCCUUUUAUCUCAUAGCAGAAACUGUCAAAUGACUUUAUGAUAGACGAAGGCAAAGCCUAGAGUUUUAGCAGAAAUAUCAGAGGAGAACCAAAAAGUUACAAAUUCAGAACCUGUUUGAUUUCAUGA